GACCAUCACACUCAUCGUGUCCCCUCCCGUGUGAGGGUCACUCCUGUGCUGCCCAGAGCUGCAGAUCCCCAAAGGGAGUUUGGGAAAAUUCUUAAUCUUGUCAGAAAACUGUAAUCUUGUAAGGGAAAAAAGGAUGGAUUGGACGAUAAAUUUAUCCCGAUCGAAGAUGAAGGUUUUGUGUGUUAUCGUUGUAUUGUGCUUCUCUUUUGGAAAUUCGGAGACAACAGAAAGGAAGUUGAGAGAACAGACCACAAAAAGGCCAGAAGAAACUACAGACAUGAAAAGAUCUGCUGCAACGACUGCAAAUGAGAAAACACCCACAACAAAUAUGAUUUCCAGGACAAAGGAAAGGUCAAACACAACGGAUGGUAAAACAUCGGUUUCAGAAACAUCCAUGAACAUGGCACACUCAUUGGCGAGUGCACAGGCCACAUCGCCUCCCGAGUCUCCGGCUGCAGCCUCUUCCACUAGAGCUGACACGUCUCCAUUGGAGCCAAGCUCCACAGUCCUCUCGACCGUGGAACAAACCUCCAAACCAAAGGCUUCAGCCACCACAGCCAUGCAAUCCAGCCCCACGGAGAGUCCCUUGAGUCAGCAGGCCACCACUGCAGAAAGAGAGGCAACAACGGCGAGCAGCACGGUCCUCACCCAAACAUCCACCUCUGCUCCUGGGACAGGACCAACUUCUGCCACCACUUCUGCUGCUCCUCUGAGCUCUACUCUGGAGAUCUCUUCCUCAACUUUCACCACAGCGACACCCAGCAGCAGCACUGUUCUUGAGACGACCUCCACAGCUGCUGGUCUGGCCACAUCACUUGUUCAGUCCACCACAGCGUCCACCACCACAAGUCCAGAAGCCACCACCUCCUUUGUGCAGUCCACAUCUGAGUCUAUGCCUUCAGUCUCUUCAGCUCGGCUCGAGACGUCCCCACAUGUCACAACCUCCACAAUCAUGUCAACCACAGGACAAAGCUCCGGCCCCAAGACGUCAGCCACAACUGCAAUCCAAUCCAGCCCUGCUGGAACAUCCCCUGGUGACUAUGUAGCCAUCCCAGUGACAAAGAUAGGAGCGGCGACCACCACUGGCUUUGCACAAACGAUGUCCUCUGCUCCUGGGACAAGAUCAAUUUCUGCCACCACUUCUGCUGCUCCUCUGAGCUCCACUCUGGAGAUCACUUCCUCGACUUUCACCACAAUGACACCCACCAGCAGCACUGUUCUUGAGACGACCUCCACAGCUGCUGGUCUGGCCACAUCACUUGUUCAGUCCACCGCAGCGUCCGCCACCACAAGGCUGGAAGGUACCACCUCUGCUGUGCAGCCCACAACGGAGCGCGAGUCUUCGACCUCAGUCCCUUCAGCUCGACCAGAAACGUCUCCACUUGUGACAACCUCCACAAUCCUGUCGACGACAGCAGAAAGCUCCAGCCUAAAGACUUCAGCAACCUCUCCAGUGCAAUCAAGCCCUACUGGGACAUCCACUCCUGAGCAGGUCACCACUGAAUUGGGACAGACAACGGCAACCUCUGCGGUGCAUGCACAAACAUCCUCCGCUGCUGCUGGGACAAGCUCAACUUCUGCCACCGCCUCUUCUCUUCCUACGAGCUCUGCUCAGGAGAGCAGUUCACCAGCUCUCACCACAACAACAAGCACCACCACGCCCUUGCAGACAACCUCAACCGCUGCAGCUACGGCAACUUUAACCUCUGAGCCCAGCACGGUGCCCACCGCCUUGACAACAGAAUUCCCCACCUCGAGUGCACAGGCCACAUCGCCUCCCGAGUCUCCGGCUGCAGCCUCUUCCACUAGAGCCGACACGUCUCCAUUGGAGCCAAGCUCCACAGUCCUCUCGACCGUGGAAGAAACCUCCAAACCAAAGGCUUCAGCCACCACAGCCAUGCAAUCCAGCCCCACGGAGAGUCCCUUGAGUCAGCAGGCCACCACUGCAGAAAGAGAGGCAACAACGGCGAGCAGCACGGUCCUCACCCAAACAUCCACCUCUGUUCCUGGGACAGGACCAACUUCUGCCACCACUUCUGCUGCUCCUCUGAGCUCGACUCUCGAGACAACUACCCCAUCACUCACCACAGCUACACCCACCACCAGCAGUACUGUUUUUGAGUCAACCUCCUCAGUUGCUGCCCUGGGCAUAUCCGCUGUUGGUUCCAGCAGUAAAUCCGCCACCACAAGGCCAGGAGGCACCACCGCGGCUGCGCAGUCCACAUCCCAGCCUGCGUCUACGGCUUCAGGCUCUUCAGCGCGGACAGAGACGUCUCCAAUUGCGACAACCUCCGCAAUCCCGUCAACCACAGCAGAAAUCCCCAACCUCAUGGCUUCAGCCACCAUUCCAGUCCAAUCCACCUUGGCUGAGACACCAACUCGUGACGAGGUCACUACGGGAGGGACAGGAACGAUGGCGACCUCUGUGGUGCAUGCACAAACAUCUUCCGCUGCUGCUGGGACAAGCCCAUCUUCUGCCACCGCCUCUUCUCUUCCUACGAGCUCUGCUCAGGAGAGCAGUUCACCAGCUCUCACCACAACUACAAGCACCACCACGCCCUUGCAGACAACCUCAACCGCUGCAGCUACGGCAACUUUAACCUCUGAGCCCAGCACGGUGCCCACCGCCUUGACAACAGAAUUCCCCACCUCGAGUGCACAGGCCACAUCGCCUCCCGAGUCUACGGCUGCAGCCUCUUCCACUAGAGCCGACACGUCUCCAUUGGAGCCAAGCUCCACAGUCCUCUCGACCGUGGAACAAACCUCCAAACCAAAGGCUUCAGCCACCACAGCCAUGCAAUCCAGCCCCACGGAGAGUCCCUUGAGUCAGCAGGCCACCACUGCAGCAACACAGGAAACAACGGCGAGCAGCACGGUCCUCACCCAAACAUCCACCUCUGUUCCUGGGACAGGACCAACUUCUGCCACCACUUCUGCUGCUCCUCUGAGCUCGACUCUGGAGACAACUACCCCAUCUCUCACCACAGAUACACCCGCCACCAGCAGUACUGUUUUUGAGUCAACCUCCUCAGUUGCUGCCCUGGGCAUAUCCGCUGUUGGUUCCAGCAGUAAAUCCGCCACCACAAGGCCAGGAGGCACCACCGCGGCUGCGCAGUCCACAUCCCAGCCUGCGUCUACGGCUUCAGGCUCUUCAGCGCGGACAGAGACGUCUCCAAUUGCGACAACCUCCGCAAUCCCGUCAACCACAGCAGAAAUCCCCAACCUCAUGGCUUCAGCCACCAUUCCAGUCCAAUCCACCUUGGCUGAGACACCAACUCGUGACGAGGUCACUACGGGAGGGACAGGAAUGACGGCGACCUCUGUGGUGCAUGCACAAACAUCUUCCGCUGCUGCUGGGACAAGCCCAUCUUCUGCCACCGCCUCUUCUCUUCCUACGAGCUCUGCUCAGGAGAGCAGUUCACCAGCUCUCACCACAACUACAAGCACGACCACGCCCUUGCAGACAACCUCAACCGCUGCAGCUACGGCAACUUUAACCUCUGAGCCCAGCACGGUGUCCACCGCCUUGACAACAGAAUUCCCCACCUCGAGUGCACAGGCCACAUCGCCUCCCGAGUCUACGGCUGCAGCCUCUUCCCCUAGAGCCGACAUGUCUCCAUUGGAGCCAAGCUCCACAGUCCUCUUGACCGUGGAACAAACCUCCAAACCAAAGGCUUCAGCCACCACAGCCAUGCAAUCCAGCCCCACGGAGAGUCCCUUGAGUCAGCAGGCCACCACUGCAGCAACACAGGAAAAAACGGCGAGCAGCACGGUCCUCACCCAAACAUCCACCUCUGUUCCUGGGACAGGACCAACUUCUGCCACCACUUCUGCUGCUCCUCUGAGCUCUACUCUGGAGAUCUCUUCCUCAACUUUCACCACAGCGACACCCAGCAGCAGCACUGUUCUUGAGACAACCUCCACAGCUGCUGGUCUGGCCACAUCACUUGUUCAGUCCACCACAGUGUCCACCACCACAAGUCCAGAAGCCACCACCUCCUUUGUGCAGUCCACAUCUGAGUCUAUGCCUUCAGUCUCUUCAGCUCGGCUCGAGACGUCCCCACAUGUCACAACCUCCACAAUCAUGUCAACCACAGGACAAAGCUCCGGCCUCAAGACGUCAGCCACAACUGCAAUCCAAUCCAGCCCUGCUGGAACAUCCCCUGGUGACUAUGUAGCCAUCCCAGUGACAAAGAUAGGAGCGGCGACCACCACUGGCUUUGCACAAACGAUGUCCUCUGCUCCUGGGACAAGAUCAACUUCUGCCACCACUUCUGCUGCUCCUCUGAGCUCCACUCUGGAGAUCACUUCCUCAACUUUCACCACAAUGACACCCACCAGCAGCACUGUUCUUGAGACGACCUCCACAGCUGCUGGUCUGGCCACAUCACUUGUUCAGUCCACCGCAGCGUCCGCCACCACAAGGCUGGAAGGUACCAGCUCUGCUGUGCAGCCCACAACGGAGCGCGAGUCUUCGACCUCAGUCCCUUCAGCUCGACCAGAAACGUCUCCACUUGUGACAACCUCCACAAUCCUGUCGACGACAGCGGAAAGCUCCAGCCUAAAGACUUCAGCAACCUCUCCAGUGCAAUCAAGCCCUACUGGGACAUCCACUCCUGAGCAGGUCACCACUGAAUUGGGACAAACAACGGCAACCUCUGCGGUGGGUGCACAAACAUCCUCCGCUGCUGCUGGGACAAGCUCAACUUCUGCCACCGCCUCUUCUCUUCCUACGAGCUCUGCUCAGGAGAGCAGUUCACCAGCUCUCACCACAACUACAAGCACCACCACGCCCUUGCAGACAACCUCAACCGCUGCAGCUACGGCAACUUUAACCUCUGAGCCCAGCACGGUGCCCACCGCCUUGACAACAGAAUUCCCCACCUCGAGUGCACAGGCCACAUCGCCUCCCGAGUCUACGGCUGCAGCCUCUUCCACUAGAGCCGACACGUCUCCAUUGGAGCCAAGCUCCACAGUCCUCUCGACCGUGGAACAAACCUCCAAACCAAAGGCUUCAGCCACCACAGCCAUGCAAUCCAGCCCCACGGAGAGUCCCUUGAGUCAGCAGGCCACCACUGCAGAAAGAGAGGCAACAACGGCGAGCAGCACGGUCCUCACCCAAACAUCCACCUCUGUUCCUGGGACAGGACCAACUUCUGCCACCACUUCUGCUGCUCCUCUGAGCUCUACUCUGGAGAUCUCUUCCUCAGCUUUCACCACAGCGACACCCAGCAGCAGCACUGUUCUUGAGACAACCUCCACAGCUGCUGGUCUGGCCACAUCACUUGUUCAGUCCACCACAGCGUCCACCACCACAAGUCCAGAAGCCACCACCUCCUUUGUGCAGUCCACAUCUGAGUCUAUGCCUUCAGUCUCUUCAGCUCGGCUCGAGACGUCCCCACAUGUCACAACCUCCACAAUCAUGUCAACCACAGGACAAAGCUCCGGCCCCAAGACGUCAGCCACAACUGCAAUCCAAUCCAGCCCUGCUGGAACAUCCCCUGGUGACUAUGUAGCCAUCCCAGUGACAAAGAUAGGAGCGGCGACCACCACUGGCUUUGCACAAACGAUGUCCUCUGCUCCUGGGACAAGAUCAACUUCUGCCACCACUUCUGCUGCUCCUCUGAGCUCUACUCUGGAGAUCACUUUCUCAACUUUCACCACAAUGACACCCACCAGCAGCACUGUUCUUGAGACGACCUCCGCAGCUGCUGGUCUGGCCACAUCACUUGUUCAGUCCACCGCAGCGUCCGCCACCACAAGGCUGGAAGGUACCAGCUCUGCUGUGCAGCCCACAACGGAGCGCGAGUUUUCGACUUCAGUCCCUUCAGCUCAACCAGAAACGUCUCCACUUGUGACAACCUCCACAAUCCUGUCGACGACAGCGGAAAGCUCCAGCCUAAAGACUUCAGCAACCUCUCCAGUGCAAUCAAGCCCUACUGGGACAUCCACUCCUGAGCAGGUCACCACUGAAUUGGGACAAACAACGGCAACCUCUGCGGUGGGUGCACAAACAUCCUCCGCUGCUGCUGGGACAAGCUCAACUUCUGCCACCGCCUCUUCUCUUCCUACGAGCUCUGCUCAGGAGAGCAGUUCACCAGCUCUCACCACAACUACAAGCACCACCACGCCCUUGCAGACAACCUCAACCGCUGCAGCUACGGCAACUUUAACCUCUGAGCCCAGCACGGUGCCCACCGCCUUGACAACAGAAUUCCCCACCUCGAGUGCACAGGCCACAUCGCCUCCCGAGUCUACGGCUGCAGCCUCUUCCACUGGAGCCGACACGUCUCCAUUGGAGCCAAGCUCCACAGUCCUCUCGACCGUGGAACAAACCUCCAAACCAAAGGCUUCAGCCACCACAGCCAUGCAAUCCAGCCCCACGGAGAGUCCCUUGAGUCAGCAGGCCACCACUGCAGAAAGAGAGGCAACAACGGCGAGCAGCACGGUCCUCACCCAAACAUCCACCUCUGCUCCUGGGACAGGACCAACUUCUGCCACCACUUCUGCUGCUCCUCUGAGCUCUACUCUGGAGAUCUCUUCCUCAGCUUUCACCACAGCGACACCCAGCAGCAGCACUGUUCUUGAGACAACCUCCACAGCUGCUGGUCUGGCCACAUCACUUGUUCAGUCCACCACAGCGUCUACCACCACAAGUCCAGAAGCCACCACCUCCUUUGUGCAGUCCACAUCUGAGUCUAUGCCUUCAGUCUCUUCAGCUCGGCUCGAGACGUCCCCACAUGUCACAACCUCCACAAUCAUGUCAACCACAGGACAAAGCUCCGGCCCCAAGACGUCAGCCACAACUGCAAUCCAAUCCAGCCCUGCUGGAACAUCCCCUGGUGACUAUGUAGCCAUCCCAGUGACAAAGAUAGGAGCGGCGACCACCACUGGCUUUGCACAAACGAUGUCCUCUGCUCCUGGGACAAGAUCAACUUCUGCCACCACUUCUGCUGCUCCUCUGAGCUCCACUCUGGAGAUCUCUUCCUCAACUUUCACCACAUUGACACCCACCAGCAGCACUGUUCUUGAGACGACCUCCACAGCUGCUGGUCUGGCCACAUCACUUGUUCAGUCCACCGCAGCGUCCGCCACCACAAGGCUGGAAGGUACCAGCUCUGCUGUGCAGCCCACAACGGAGCACGAGUCUUCGACCUCAGUCCCUUCAGCUCGACCAGAAACGUCUCCACUUGUGACAACCUCCACAAUCCUGUCGACGACAGCAGAAAGCUCCAGCCUAAAGACUUCAGCAACCUCUCCAGUGCAAUCAAGCCCUACUGGGACAUCCACUCCUGAGCAGGUCACCACUGAAUUGGGACAAACAACGGCAACCUCUGCGGUGGGUGCACAAACAUCCUCCGCUGCUGCUGGGACAAGCUCAACUUCUGCCACCGCCUCUUCUCUUCCUACGAGCUCUGCUCAGGAGAGCAGUUCACCAGCUCUCACCACAACUACAAGCACCACCACGCCCUUGCAGACAACCUCAACCGCUGCAGCUACGGCAACUUUAACCUCUGAGCCCAGCACGGUGCCCACCGCCUUGACAACAGAAUUCCCCACCUCGAGUGCACAGGCCACAUCGCCUCCCGAGUCUACGGCUGCAGCCUCUUCCACUGGAGCCGACACGUCUCCAUUGGAGCCAAGCUCCACAGUCCUCUCGACCGUGGAACAAACCUCCAAACCAAAGGCUUCAGCCACCACAGCCAUGCAAUCCAGCCCCACGGAGAGUCCCUUGAGUCAGCAGGCCACCACUGCAGAAAGAGAGGCAACAACGGCGAGCAGCACGGUCCUCACCCAAACACCCACCUCUGUUCCUGGGACAGGACCAACUUCUGCCACCACUUCUGCUGCUCCUCUGAGCUCUACUCUGGAGAUAUCUUCCUCAGCUUUCACCACAGCGACACCCAGCAGCAGCACUGUUCUUGAGACAACCUCCACAGCUGCUGGUCUGGCCACAUCACUUGUUCAGUCCACCACAGCGUCCACCACCACAAGUCCAGAAGCCACCACCUCCUUUGUGCAGUCCACAUCUGAGUCUAUGCCUUCAGUCUCUUCAGCUCGGCUCGAGACGUCCCCACAUGUCACAACCUCCACAAUCAUGUCAACCACAGGACAAAGCUCCGGCCCCAAGACGUCAGCCACAACUGCAAUCCAAUCCAGCCCUGCUGGAACAUCCCCUGGUGACUAUGUAGCCAUCCCAGUGACAAAGAUAGGAGCGGCGACCACCACUGGCUUUGCACAAACGAUGUCCUCUGCUCCUGGGACAAGAUCAACUUCUGCCACCACUUCUGCUGCUCCUCUGAGCUCCACUCUGGAGAUCUCUUCCUCAACUUUCACCACAAUGACACCCACCAGCAGCACUGUUCUUGAGACGACCUCCACAGCUGCUGGUCUGGCCACAUCACUUGUUCAGUCCACCGCAGCGUCCGCCACCACAAGGCUGGAAGGUACCAGCUCUGCUGUGCAGCCCACAACGGAGCGCGAGUCUUCGACCUCAGUCCCUUCAGCUCGACCAGAAACGUCUCCACUUGUGACAACCUCCACAAUCCUGUCGACGACAGCGGAAAGCUCCAGCCUAAAGACUUCAGCAACCUCUCCAGUGCAAUCAAGCCCUACUGGGACAUCCACUCCUGAGCAGGUCACCACUGAAUUGGGACAAACAACGGCAACCUCUGCGGUGGGUGCACAAACAUCCUCCGCUGCUGCUGGGACAAGCUCAACUUCUGCCACCGCCUCUUCUCUUCCUACGAGCUCUGCUCAGGAGAGUAGUUCACCAGCUCUCACCACAACUACAAGCACCACCACGCCCUUGCAGACAACCUCAACCGCUGCAGCUACGGCAACUUUAACCUCUGAGCCCAGCACGGUGCCCACCGCCUUGACAACAGAAUUCCCCACCUCGAGUGCACAGGCCACAUCGCCUCCCGAGUCUACGGCUGCAGCCUCUUCCACUAGAGCCGACACGUCUCCAUUGGAGCCAAGCUCCACAGUCCUCUCGACCGUGGAACAAACCUCCAAACCAAAGGCUUCAGCCACCACAGCCAUGCAAUCCAGCCCCACGGAGAGUCCCUUGAGUCAGCAGGCCACCACUGCAGAAAGAGAGGCAACAACGGCGAGCAGCACGGUCCUCACCCAAACAUCCACCUCUGUUCCUGGGACAGGACCAACUUCUGCCACCACUUCUGCUGCUCCUCUGAGCUCUACUCUGGAGAUCUCUUCCUCAACUUUCACCACAGCGACACCCAGCAGCAGCACUGUUCUUGCGACAACCUCCACAGCUGCUGGUCUGGCCACAUCACUUGUUCAGUCCACCACAGCGUCCACCACCACAAGUCCAGAAGCCACCACCUCCUUUGUGCAGUCCACAUCUGAGUCUAUGCCUUCAGUCUCUUCAGCUCGGCUCGAGACGUCCCCACAUGUCACAACCUCCACAAUCAUGUCAACCACAGGACAAAGCUCCGGCCCCAAGACGUCAGCCACAACUGCAAUCCAAUCCAGCCCUGCUGGAACAUCCCCUGGUGACUAUGUAGCCAUCCCAGUGACAAAGAUAGGAGCGGCGACCAUCACUGGCUUUGCACAAACGAUGUCCUCUGCUCCUGGGACAAGAUCAACUUCUGCCACCACUUCUGCUGCUCCUCUGAGCUCUACUCUGGAGAUCACUUCCUCAACUUUCACCACAAUGACACCCACCAGCAGCACUGUUCUUGAGGCGACCUCCACAGCUGCUGGUCUGGCCACAUCACUUGUUCAGUCCACCGCAGCGCCCGCCACCACAAGGCUGGAAGGUACCAGCUCUGCUGUGCAGCCCACAACGGAGCGCGAGUCUUCGACCUCAGUCCCUUCAGCUCGACCAGAAACGUCUCCACUUGUGACAACCUCCACAAUCCUGUCGUCGACAGCGGAAAGCUCCAGCCUAAAGACUUCAGCAACCUCUCCAGUGCAAUCAAGCCCUACUGGGACAUCCACUCCUGAGCAGGUCACCACUGAAUUGGGACAGACAACGGCAACCUCUGCGGUGCAUGCACAAACAUCCUCCGCUGCUGCUGGGACAAGCUCAACUUCUGCCACCGCCUCUUCUCUUCCUACGAGCUCUGCUCAGGAGAGCAGUUCACCAGCUCUCACCAAAACUACAAGCACCACCACGCCCUUGCAGACAACCUCAACCGCUGCAGCUACGGCAACUUUAACCUCUGAGCCCAGCACGGUGCCCACCGCCUUGACAACAGAAUUCCCCACCUCGAGUGCACAGGCCACAUCGCCUCCCGAGUCUACGGCUGCAGCCUCUUCCACUAGAGCCGACACGUCUCCAUUGGAGCCAAGCUCCACAGUCCUCUCGACCGUGGAACAAACCUCCAAACCAAAGGCUUCAGCCACCACAGCCAUGCAAUCCAGCCCCACGGAGAGUCCCUUGAGUCAGCAGGCCACCACUGCAGAAAGAGAGGCAACAACGGCGAGCAGCACGGUCCUCACCCAAACACCCACCUCUGUUCCUGGGACAGGACCAACUUCUGCCACCACUUCUGCUGCUCCUCUGAGCUCUACUCUGGAGAUCUCUUCCUCAGCUUUCACCACAGCGACACCCAGCAGCAGCACUGUUCUUGAGACAACCUCCACAGCUGCUGGUCUGGCCACAUCACUUGUUCAGUCCACCACAGCGUCCACCACCACAAGUCCAGAAGCCACCACCUCCUUUGUGCAGUCCACAUCUGAGUCUAUGCCUUCAGUCUCUUCAGCUCGGCUCGAGACGUCCCCACAUGUCACAACCUCCACAAUCAUGUCAACCACAGGACAAAGCUCCGGCCCCAAGACGUCAGCCACAACUGCAAUCCAAUCCAGCCCUGCUGGAACAUCCCCUGGUGACUAUGUAGCCAUCCCAGUGACAAAGAUAGGAGCGGCGACCACCACUGGCUUUGCACAAACAAUGUCCUCUGCUCCUGGGACAAGAUCAACUUCUGCCACCACUUCUGCUGCUCCUCUGAGCUCUACUCUGGAGAUCUCUUCCUCAACUUUCACCACAAUGACACCCACCAGCAGCACUGUUCUUGAGACGACCUCCACAGCUGCUGGUCUGGCCACAUCACUUGUUCAGUCCACCGCAGCGUCCGCCACCACAAGGCUGGAAGGUACCAGCUCUGCUGUGCAGCCCACAACGGAGCACGAGUCUUCGACCUCAGUCCCUUCAGCUCGACCAGAAACGUCUCCACUUGUGACAACCUCCACAAUCCUGUCGUCGACAGCGGAAAGCUCCAGCAUAAAGACUUCAGCAACCUCUCCAGUGCAAUCAAGCCCUACUGGGACAUGCACUCCUGAGCAGGUCACCACUGAAUUGGGACAGACAACGGCAACCUCUGCGGUGCAUGCACAAACAUCCUCCGCUGCUGCUGGGACAAGCUCAACUUCUGCCACCGCCUCUUCUCUUCCUACGAGCUCUGCUCAGGAGAGCAGUUCACCAGCUCUCACCACAACUACAAGCACCACCACGCCCUUGCAGACAACCUCAACCGCUGCAGCUACGGCAACUUUAACCUCUGAGCCCAGCACGGUGCCCACCGCCUUGACAACAGAAUUCCCCACCUCGAGUGCACAGGCCACAUCGCCUCCCGAGUCUCCGGCUGCAGCCUCUUCCACUGGAGCCGACACGUCUCCAUUGGAGCCAAGCUCCACAGUCCUCUCGACCGUGGAACAAACCUCCAAACCAAAGGCUUCAGCCACCACAGCCAUGCAAUCCAGCCCCACGGAGAGUCCCUUGAGUCAGCAGGCCACCACUGCAGAAAGAGAGGCAACAACGGCGAGCAGCACGGUCCUCACCCAAACACCCACCUCUGUUCCUGGGACAGGACCAACUUCUGCCACCACUUCUGCUGCUCCUCUGAGCUCUACUCUGGAGAUCUCUUCCUCAGCUUUCACCACAGCGACACCCAGCAGCAGCACUGUUCUUGAGACAACCUCCACAGCUGCUGGUCUGGCCACAUCACUUGUUCAGUCCACCACAGCGUCCACCACCACAAGUCCAGAAGCCACCACCUCCUUUGUGCAGUCCACAUCUGAGUCUAUGCCUUCAGUCUCUUCAGCUCGGCUCGAGACGUCCCCACAUGUCACAACCUCCACAAUCAUGUCAACCACAGGACAAAGCUCCGGCCCCAAGACGUCAGCCACAACUGCAAUCCAAUCCAGCCCUGCUGGAACAUCCCCUGGUGACUAUGUAGCCAUCCCAGUGACAAAGAUAGGAGCGGCGACCACCACUGGCUUUGCACAAACAAUGUCCUCUGCUCCUGGGACAAGAUCAACUUCUGCCACCACUUCUGCUGCUCCUCUGAGCUCUACUCUGGAGAUCUCUUCCUCAACUUUCACCACAAUGACACCCACCAGCAGCACUGUUCUUGAGACGACCUCCACAGCUGCUGGUCUGGCCACAUCACUUGUUCAGUCCACCGCAGCGUCCGCCACCACAAGGCUGGAAGGUACCAGCUCUGCUGUGCAGCCCACAACGGAGCACGAGUCUUCGACCUCAGUCCCUUCAGCUCGACCAGAAACGUCUCCACUUGUGACAACCUCCACAAUCCUGUCGUCGACAGCGGAAAGCUCCAGCAUAAAGACUUCAGCAACCUCUCCAGUGCAAUCAAGCCCUACUGGGACAUGCACUCCUGAGCAGGUCACCACUGAAUUGGGACAGACAACGGCAACCUCUGCGGUGCAUGCACAAACAUCCUCCGCUGCUGCUGGGACAAGCUCAACUUCUGCCACCGCCUCUUCUCUUCCUACGAGCUCUGCUCAGGAGAGCAGUUCACCAGCUCUCACCACAACUACAAGCACCACCACGCCCUUGCAGACAACCUCAACCGCUGCAGCUACGGCAACUUUAACCUCUGAGCCCAGCACGGUGCCCACCGCCUUGACAACAGAAUUCCCCACCUCGAGUGCACAGGCCACAUCGCCUCCCGAGUCUCCGGCUGCAGCCUCUUCCACUGGAGCCGACACGUCUCCAUUGGAGCCAAGCUCCACAGUCCUCUCGACCGUGGAACAAACCUCCAAACCAAAGGCUUCAGCCACCACAGCCAUGCAAUCCAGCCCCACGGAGAGUCCCUUGAGUCAGCAGGCCACCACUGCAGAAAGAGAGGCAACAACGGCGAGCAGCACGGUCCUCACCCAAACACCCACCUCUGUUCCUGGGACAGGACCAACUUCUGCCACCACUUCUGCUGCUCCUCUGAGCUCUACUCUGGAGAUCUCUUCCUCAACUUUCACCACAGCGACACCCACCAGCAGCACUGUUCUUGAGACAACCUCCACAGCUGCUGGUCUGGCCACAUCACUUGUUCAGUCCACCACAGCGUCCACCACCACAAGUCCAGAAGCCACCACCUCCUUUGUGCAGUCCACAUCUGAGUCUAUGCCUUCAGUCUCUUCAGCUCAGCUCGAGACGUCCCCACAUGUCACAACCUCCACAAUCAUGUCAACCACAGGACAAAGCUCCGGCCCCAAGACGUCAGCCACAACUGCAGUCCAAUCCAGCCCUGCUGGAACAUCCCCUGGUGACUAUGUAGCCAUCCCAGUGACAAAGAUAGGAGCGUCGACCACCACUGGCUUUGCACAAACAAUGUCCUCUGCUCCUGGGACAAGAUCAACUUCUGCCACCACUUCUGCUGCUCCUCUGAGCUCCACUCUGGAGAUCUCUUCCUCAACUUUCACCACAUUGACACCCACCAGCAGCACUGUUCUUGAGACGACCUCCACAGCUGCUGGUCUGGCCACAUCACUUGUUCAGUCCACCGCAGCGUCCGCCACCACAAGGCUGGAAGGUACCAGCUCUGCUGUGCAGCCCACAACGGAGCGCGAGUCUUCGACCUCAGUCCCUUCAGCUCGACCAGAAACGUCUCCACUUGUGACAACCUCCACAAUCCUAUCGUCGACAGCGGAAAGCUCCAGCCUAAAGACUUCAGCAACCUCUCCAGUGCAAUCAAGCCCUACUGGGACAUCCACUCCUGAGCAGGUCACCACUGAAUUGGGACAGACAACGGCAACCUCUGCGGUGCAUGCACAAACAUCCUCCGCUGCUGCUGGGACAAGCUCAACUUCUGCCACCGCCUCUUCUCUUCCUAUGAGCUCUGCUCAGGAGAGCAGUUCACCAGCUCUCACCACAACUACAAGCACCACCACGCCCUUGCAGACAACCUCAACCGCUGCAGCUACGGCAACUUUAACCUCUGAGCCCAGCACGGUGCCCACCGCCUUGACAACAGAAUUCCCCACCUCGAGUGCACAGGCCACAUCGCCUCCCGAGUCUACGGCUGCAGCCUCUUCCACUAGAGCCGACACGUCUCCAUUGGAGCCAAGCUCCACAGUCCUCUCGACCGUGGAACAAACCUCCAAACCAAAGGCUUCAGCCACCACAGCCAUGCAAUCCAGCCCCACGGAGAGUCCCUUGAGUCAGCAGGCCACCACUGCAGAAAGAGAGGCAACAACGGCGAGCAGCACGGUCCUCACCCAAACACCCACCUCUGUUCCUGGGACAGGACCAACUUCUGCCACCACUUCUGCUGCUCCUCUGAGCUCUACUCUGGAGAUCUCUUCCUCAACUUUCACCACAGCGACACCCAGCAGCAGCACUGUUCUUGAGACAACCUCCACAGCUGCUGGUCUGGCCACAUCACUUGUUCAGUCCACCACAGCGUCCACCACCACAAGUCCAGAAGCCACCACCUCCUUUGUGCAGUCCACAUCUGAGUCUAUGCCUUCAGUCUCUUCAGCUCGGCUCGAGACGUCCCCACAUGUCACAACCUCCACAAUCAUGUCAACCACAGGACAAAGCUCCGGCCCCAAGACGUCAGCCACAACUGCAAUCCAAUCCAGCCCUGCUGGAACAUCCCCUGGUGACUAUGUAGCCAUCCCAGUGACAAAGAUAGGAGCGGCGACCACCACUGGCUUUGCACAAACAAUGUCCUCUGCUCCUGGGACAAGAUCAACUUCUGCCACCACUUCUGCUGCUCCUCUGAGCUCCACUCUGGAGAUCACUUCCUCAACUUUCACCACAAUGACACCCACCAGCAGCACUGUUCUUGAGACGACCUCCACAGCUGCUGGUCUGGCCACAUCACUUGUUCAGUCCACCGCAGCGUCCGCCACCACAAGGCUGGAAGGUACCACCUCUGCUGUGCAGCCCACAACGGAGCGCGAGUCUUCGACCUCAGUCCCUUCAGCUCGACCAGAAACGUCUCCACUUGUGACAACCUCCACAAUCCUGUCGACGACAGCAGAAAGCUCCAGCCUAAAGACUUCAGCAACCUCUCCAGUGCAAUCAAGCCCUACUGGGACAUCCACUCCUGAGCAGGUCACCACUGAAUUGGGACAAACAACGGCAACCUCUGCGGUGGGUGCACAAACAUCCUCCGCUGCUGCUGGGACAAGCUCAACUUCUGCCACCGCCUCUUCUCUUCCUACGAGCUCUGCUCAGGAGAGCAGUUCACCAGCUCUCACCACAACUACAAGAACCACCACGCCCUUGCAGACAACCUCAACCGCUGCAGCUACGGCAACUUUAACCUCUGAGCCCAGCACGGUGCCCACCGCCUUGACAACAGAAUUCCCCACCUCGAGUGCACAGGCCACAUCGCCUCCCGAGUCUACGGCUGCAGCCUCUUCCACUAGAGCCGACACGUCUGCAUUGGAGCCAAGCUCCACAGUCCUCUCGACCGUGGAACAAACCUCCAAACCAAAGGCUUCAGCCACCACAGCCAUGCAAUCCAGCCCCACGGAGAGUCCCUUGAGUCAGCAGGCCACCACUGCAGAAAGAGAGGCAACAACGGCGAGCAGCACGGUCCUCACCCAAACACCCACCUCUGUUCCUGGGACAGGACCAACUUCUGCCACCACUUCUGCUGCUCCUCUGAGCUCCACUCUGGAGAUCUCUUCCUCAGCUUUCACCACAGCGACACCCAGCAGCAGCACUGUUCUUGAGACAACCUCCACAGCUGCUGGUCUGGCCACAUCACUUGUUCAGUCCACCACAGCGUCUACCACCACAAGUCCAGAAGCCACCACCUCCUUUGUGCAGUCCACAUCUGAGUCUAUGCCUUCAGUCUCUUCAGCUCGGCUCGAGACGUCCCCACAUGUCACAACCUCCACAAUCAUGUCAACCACAGGACAAAGCUCCGGCCCCAAGACGUCAGCCACAACUGCAAUCCAAUCCAGCCCUGCUGGAACAUCCCCUGGUGACUAUGUAGCCAUCCCAGUGACAAAGAUAGGAGCGGCGACCACCACUGGCUUUGCACAAACAAUGUCCUCUGCUCCUGGGACAAGAUCAACUUCUGCCACCACUUCUGCUGCUCCUCUGAGCUCUACUCUGGAGAUCACUUCCUCAACUUUCACCACAAUGACACCCACCAGCAGCACUGUUCUUGAGACGACCUCCACAGCUGCUGGUCUGGCCACAUCACUUGUUCAGUCCACCGCAGCGUCCACCACCACAAGGCUGGAAGGUACCACCUCUGCUGUGCAGCCCACAACGGAGCGCGAGUCUUCGACCUCAGUCCCUUCAGCUCGACCAGAAACGUCUCCACUUGUGACAACCUCCACAAUCCUGUCGUCGACAGCAGAAAGCUCCAGCCUAAAGACUUCAGCAACCUCUCCAGUGCAAUCAAGCCCUACUGGGACAUCCACUCCUGAGCAGGUCACCACUGAAUUGGGACAAACAACGGCAACCUCUGCGGUGGGUGCACAAACAUCCUCCGCUGCUGCUGGGACAAGCUCAACUUCUGCCACCGCCUCUUCUCUUCCUACGAGCUCUGCUCAGGAGAGCAGUUCACCAGCUCUCACCACAACUACAAGCACCACCACGCCCUUGCAGACAACCUCAACCGCUGCAGCUACGGCAACUUUAACCUCUGAGCCCAGCACGGUGCCCACCGCCUUGACAACAGAAUUCCCCACCUCGAGUGCACAGGCCACAUCGCCUCCCGAGACUACGGCUGCAGCCUCUUCUACUAGAGCCGACACGUCUCCAUUGGAGCCAAGCUCCACAGUCCUCUCGACCGUGGAACAAACCUCCAAACCAAAGGCUUCAGCCACCACAGCCAUGCAAUCCAGCCCCACGGAGAGUCCCUUGAGUCAGCAGGCCACCACUGCAGAAAGAGAGGCAACAACGGCGAGCAGCACGGUCCUCACCCAAACAUCCACCUCUGUUCCUGGGACAGGACCAACUUCUGCCACCACUUCUGCUGCUCGUCCGAGCUCCACUCUGGAGAUCUCUUCCUCAGCUUUCACCACAGCGACACCCAGCAGCAGCACUGUUCUUGAGACAACCUCCACAGCUGCUGGUCUGGCCACAUCACUUGUUCAGUCCACCACAGCGUCCACCACCACAAGUCCAGAAGCCACCACCUCCUUUGUGCAGUCCACAUCUGAGUCUAUGCCUUCAGUCUCUUCAGCUCGGCUCGAGACGUCCCCACAUGUCACAACCUCCACAAUCAUGUCAACCACAGGACAAAGCUCCGGCCCCAAGACGUCAGCCACAACUGCAAUCCAAUCCAGCCCUGCUGGAACAUCCCCUGGUGACUAUGUAGCCAUCCCAGUGACAAAGAUAGGAGCGGCGACCACCACUGGCUUUGCACAAACGAUGUCCUCUGCUCCUGGGACAAGAUCAACUUCUGCCACCACUUCUGCUGCUCCUCUGAGCUCCACUCUGGAGAUCACUUCCUCAACUUUCACCACAAUGACACCCACCAGCAGCACUGUUCUUGAGGCGACCUCCACAGCUGCUGGUCUGGCCACAUCACUUGUUCAGUCCACCGCAGCGUCCGCCACCACAAGGCUGGAAGGUACCAGCUCUGCUGUGCAGCCCACAACGGAGCGCGAGUCUUCGACCUCAGUCCCUUCAGCUCGACCAGAAACGUCUCCACUUGUGACAACCUCCACAAUCCUGUCGACGACAGCGGAUAGCUCCAGCCUAAAGACUUCAGUAACCUCUCCAGUGCAAUCAAGCCCUACUGGGACAUCCACUCCUGAGCAGGUCACCACUGAAUUGGGACAAACAACGGCAACCUCUGCGGUGGGUGCACAAACAUCCUCCGCUGCUGCUGGGACAAGCUCAACUUCUGCCACCGCCUCUUCUCUUCCUACGAGCUCUGCUCAGGAGAGCAGUUCACCAGCUCUCACCACAACUACAAGCACCACCACGCCCUUGCAGACAACCUCAACCGCUGCAGCUACGGCAACUUUAACCUCUGAGCCCAGCACGGUGCCCACCGCCUUGACAACAGAAUUCCCCACCUCGAGUGCACAGGCCACAUCGCCUCCCGAGUCUACGGCUGCAGCCUCUUCCACUAGAGCCGACACGUCUCCAUUGGAGCCAAGCUCCACAGUCCUCUCGACCGUGGAACAAACCUCCAAACCAAAGGCUUCAGCCACCACAGCCAUGCAAUCCAGCCCCACGGAGAGUCCCUUGAGUCAGCAGGCCACCACUGCAGAAAGAGAGGCAACAACGGCGAGCAGCAUGGUCCUCACCCAAACAUCCACCUCUGUUCCUGGGACAGGACCAACUUCUGCCACCACUUCUGCUGCUCCUCUGAGCUCCACUCUGGAGAUCUCUUCCUCAGCUUUCACCACAGUGACACCCAGCAGCAGCACUGUUCUUGAGACAACCUCCACAGCUGCUGGUCUGGCCACAUCACUUGUUCAGUCCACCACAGCGUCCACCACCACAAGUCCAGAAGCCACCACCUCCUUUGUGCAGUCCACAUCUGAGUCUAUGCCUUCAGUCUCUUCAGCUCGGCUCGAGACGUCCCCACAUGUCACAACCUCCACAAUCAUGUCAACCACAGGACAAAGCUCCGGCCCCAAGACGUCAGCCACAACUGCAAUCCAAUCCAGCCCUGCUGGAACAUCCCCUGGUGACUAUGUAGCCAUCCCAGUGACAAAGAUAGGAGCGGCGACCACCACUGGCUUUGCACAAACAAUGUCCUCUGCUCCUGGGACAAGAUCAACUUCUGCCACCACUUCUGCUGCUCCUCUGAGCUCUACUCUGGAGAUCACUUCCUCAACUUUCACCACAAUGACACCCACCAGCAGCACUGUUCUUGAGACGACCUCCACAGCUGCUGGUCUGGCCACAUCACUUGUUCAGUCCACCGCAGCGUCCGCCACCACAAGGCUGGAAGUUACCAGCUCUGCUGUGCAGCCCACAACGGAGCGCGAGUCUUCGACUUCAGUCCCUUCAGCUCGACCAGAAACGUCUCCACUUGUGACAACCUCCACAAUCCUGUCGUCGACAGCAGAAAGCUCCAGCCUAAAGACUUCAGCAACCUCUCCAGUGCAAUCAAGCCCUACUGGGACAUCCACUCCUGAGCAGGUCACCACUGAAUUGGGACAAACAACGGCAACCUCUGCGGUGGGUGCACAAACAUCCUCCGCUGCUGCUGGGACAAGCUCAACUUCUGCCACCGCCUCUUCUCUUCCUACGAGCUCUGCUCAGGAGAGCAGUUCACCAGCUCUCACCACAACUACAAGCACCACCACGCCCUUGCAGACAACCUCAACCGCUGCAGCUACGGCAACUUUAACCUCUGAGCCCAGCACGGUGCCCACCGCCUUGACAACAGAAUUCCCCACCUCGAGUGCACAGGCCACAUCGCCUCCCGAGUCUACGGCUGCAGCCUCUUCCACUGGAGCCGACACGUCUGCAUUGGAGCCAAGCUCCACAGUCCUCUCGACCGUGGAACAAACCUCCAAACCAAAGGCUUCAGCCACCACAGCCAUGCAAUCCAGCCCCACGGAGAGUCCCUUGAGUCAGCAGGCCACCACUGCAGAAAGAGAGGCAACAACGGCGAGCAGCACGGUCCUCACCCAAACAUCCACCUCUGUUCCUGGGACAGGACCAACUUCUGCCACCACUUCUGCUGCUCCUCUGAGCUCCACUCUGGAGAUCUCUUCCUCAGCUUUCACCACAGCGACACCCAGCAGCAGCACUGUUCUUGAGACAACCUCCACAGCUGCUGGUCUGGCCACAUCACUUGUUCAGUCCACCACAGCGUCCACCACCACAAGUCCAGAAGCCACCACCUCCUUUGUGCAGUCCACAUCUGAGUCUAUGCCUUCAGUCUCUUCAGCUCGGCUCGAGACGUCCCCACAUGUCACAACCUCCACAAUCAUGUCAACCACAGGACAAAGCUCCGGCCCCAAGACGUCAGCCACAACUGCAAUCCAAUCCAGCCCUGCUGGAACAUCCCCUGGUGACUAUGUAGCCAUCCCAGUGACAAAGAUAGGAGCGGCGACCACCACUGGCUUUGCACAAACGAUGUCCUCUGCUCCUGGGACAAGAUCAACUUCUGCCACCACUUCUGCUGCUCCUCUGAGCUCCACUCUGGAGAUCUCUUCCUCAGCUUUCACCACAGCGACACCCAGCAGCAGCACUGUUCUUGAGACAACCUCCACAGCUGCUGGUCUGGCCACAUCACUUGUUCAGUCCACCACAGCGUCCACCACCACAAGUCCAGAAGCCACCACCUCCUUUGUGCAGUCCACAUCUGAGUCUAUGCCUUCAGUCUCUUCAGCUCGGCUCGAGACGUCCCCACAUGUCACAACCUCCACAAUCAUGUCAACCACAGGACAAAGCUCCGGCCCCAAGACGUCAGCCACAACUGCAAUCCAAUCCAGCCCUGCUGGAACAUCCCCUGGUGACUAUGUAGCCAUCCCAGUGACAAAGAUAGGAGCGGCGAUCACCACUGGCUUUGCACAAACGAUGUCCUCUGCUCCUGGGACAAGAUCAACUUCUGCCACCACUUCUGCUGCUCCUCUGAGCUCCACUCUGGAGAUCACUUCCUCAACUUUCACCACAAUGACACCCACCAGCAGCACUGUUCUUGAGGCGACCUCCACAGCUGCUGGUCUGGCCACAUCACUUGUUCAGUCCACCGCAGCGUCCGCCACCACAAGGCUGGAAGGUACCAGCUCUGCUGUGCAGCCCACAACGGAGCGCGAGUCUUCGACCUCAGUCCCUUCAGCUCGACCAGAAACGUCUCCACUUGUGACAACCUCCACAAUCCUGUCGACGACAGCGGAUAGCUCCAGCCUAAAGACUUCAGUAACCUCUCCAGUGCAAUCAAGCCCUACUGGGACAUCCACUCCUGAGCAGGUCACCACUGAAUUGGGACAGACAACGGCAACCUCUGCGGUGCAUGCACAAACAUCCUCCGCUGCUGCUGGGACAAGCUCAACUUCUGCCACCGCCUCUUCUCUUCCUACGAGCUCUGCUCAGGAGAGCAGUUCACCAGCUCUCACCACAACUACAAGCACCACCACGCCCUUGCAGACAACCUCAACCGCUGCAGCUACGGCAACUUUAACCUCUGAGCCCAGCACGGUGCCCACCGCCUUGACAACAGAAUUCCCCACCUCGAGUGCACAGGCCACAUCGCCUCCCGAGUCUACGGCUGCAGCCUCUUCCACUGGAGCCGACACGUCUGCAUUGGAGCCAAGCUCCACAGUCCUCUCGACCGUGGAACAAACCUCCAAACCAAAGGCUUCAGCCACCACAGCCAUGCAAUCCAGCCCCACGGAGAGUCCCUUGAGUCAGCAGGCCACCACUGCAGAAAGAGAGGCAACAACGGCGAGCAGCACGGUCCUCACCCAAACAUCCACCUCUGUUCCUGGGACAGGACCAACUUCUGCCACCACUUCUGCUGCUCCUCUGAGCUCCACUCUGGAGAUCUCUUCCUCAGCUUUCACCACAGCGACACCCAGCAGCAGCACUGUUCUUGAGACAACCUCCACAGCUGCUGGUCUGGCCACAUCACUUGUUCAGUCCACCACAGCGUCCACCACCACAAGUCCAGAAGCCACCACCUCCUUUGUGCAGUCCACAUCUGAGUCUAUGCCUUCAGUCUCUUCAGCUCGGCUCGAGACGUCCCCACAUGUCACAACCUCCACAAUCAUGUCAACCACAGGACAAAGCUCCGGCCCCAAGACGUCAGCCACAACUGCAAUCCAAUCCAGCCCUGCUGGAACAUCCCCUGGUGACUAUGUAGCCAUCCCAGUGACAAAGAUAGGAGCGGCGACCACCACUGGCUUUGCACAAACGAUGUCCUCUGCUCCUGGGACAAGAUCAACUUCUGCCACCACUUCUGCUGCUCCUCUGAGCUCUACUCUGGAGAUCACUUCCUCAACUUUCACCACAAUGACACCCACCAGCAGCACUGUUCUUGAGGCGACCUCCACAGCUGCUGGUCUGGCCACAUCACUUGUUCAGUCCACCGCAGCGUCCGCCACCACAAGGCUGGAAGGUACCAGCUCUGCUGUGCAGCCCACAACGGAGCGCGAGUCUUCGACCUCAGUCCCUUCAGCUCGACCAGAAACGUCUCCACUUGUGACAACCUCCACAAUCCUGUCGACGACAGCGGAUAGCUCCAGCCUAAAGACUUCAGUAACCUCUCCAGUGCAAUCAAGCCCUACUGGGACAUCCACUCCUGAGCAGGUCACCACUGAAUUGGGACAAACAACGGCAACCUCUGCGGUGGGUGCACAAACAUCCUCCGCUGCUGCUGGGACAAGCUCAACUUCUGCCAUCGCCUCUUCUCUUCCUACGAGCUCUGCUCAGGAGAGCAGUUCACCAGCUCUCACCACAACUACAAGCACCACCACGCCCUUGCAGACAACCUCAACCGCUGCAGCUACGGCAACUUUAACCUCUGAGCCCAGCACGGUGCCCACCGCCUUGACAACAGAAUUCCCCACCUCGAGUGCACAGGCCACAUCGCCUCCCGAGUCUACGGCUGCAGCCUCUUCCACUAGAGCCGACAUGUCUCCAUUGGAGCCAAGCUCCACAGUCCUCUCGACCGUGGAACAAACCUCCAAACCAAAGGCUUCAGCCACCACAGCCAUGCAAUCCAGCCCCACGGAGAGUCCCUUGAGUCAGCAGGCCACCACUGCAGAAAGAGAGGCAACAACGGCGAGCAGCAUGGUCCUCACCCAAACAUCCACCUCUGUUCCUGGGACAGGACCAACUUCUGCCACCACUUCUGCUGCUCCUCUGAGCUCCACUCUGGAGAUCUCUUCCUCAGCUUUCACCACAGCGACACCCAGCAGCAGCACUGUUCUUGAGACAACCUCCACAGCUGCUGGUCUGGCCACAUCACUUGUUCAGUCCACCACAGCGUCCACCACCACAAGUCCAGAAGCCACCACCUCCUUUGUGCAGUCCACAUCUGAGUCUAUGCCUUCAGUCUCUUCAGCUCGGCUCGAGACGUCCCCACAUGUCACAACCUCCACAAUCAUGUCAACCACAGGACAAAGCUCCGGCCCCAAGACGUCAGCCACAACUGCAAUCCAAUCCAGCCCUGCUGGAACAUCCCCUGGUGACUAUGUAGCCAUCCCAGUGACAAAGAUAGGAGCGGCGACCACCACUGGCUUUGCACAAACAAUGUCCUCUGCUCCUGGGACAAGAUCAACUUCUGCCACCACUUCUGCUGCUCCUCUGAGCUCCACUCUGGAGAUCACUUCCUCAACUUUCACCACAAUGACACCCACCAGCAGCACUGUUCUUGAGGCGACCUCCACAGCUGCUGGUCUGGCCACAUCACUUGUUCAGUCCACCGCAGCGUCCGCCACCACAAGGCUGGAAGGUACCACCUCUGCUGUGCAGCCCACAACGGAGCGCGAGUCUUCGACCUCAGUCCCUUCAGCUCGACCAGAAACGUCUCCACUUGUGACAACCUCCACAAUCCUGUCGAUGACAGCGGAAAGCUCCAGCCUAAAGACUUCAGCAACCUCUCCAGUGCAAUCAAGCCCUACUGGGACAUCCACUCCUGAGCAGGUCACCACUGAAUUGGGACAAACAACGGCAACCUCUGCGGUGGGUGCACAAACAUCCUCCGCUGCUGCUGGGACAAGCUCAACUUCUGCCACCGCCUCUUCUCUUCCUACGAGCUCUGCUCAGGAGAGCAGUUCACCAGCUCUCACCACAACUACAAGCACCACCACGCCCUUGCAGACAACCUCAACCGCUGCAGCUACGGCAACUUUAACCUCUGAGCCCAGCACGGUGCCCACCGCCUUGACAACAGAAUUCCCCACCUCGAGUGCACAGGCCACAUCGCCUCCCGAGUCUACGGCUGCAGCCUCUUCCACUAGAGCCGACACGUCUCCAUUGGAGCCAAGCUCCACAGUCCUCUCGACCGUGGAACAAACCUCCAAACCAAAGGCUUCAGCCACCACAGCCAUGCAAUCCAGCCCCACGGAGAGUCCCUUGAGUCAGCAGGCCACCACUGCAGCAACACAGGAAACAACGGCGAGCAGCACGGUCCUCACCCAAACAUCCACCUCUGUUCCUGGGACAGGACCAACUUCUGCCACCACUUCUGCUGCUCCUCUGAGCUCUACUCUGGAGAUCUCUUCCUCAACUUUCACCACAGCGACACCCACCAGCAGCACUGUUCUUGAGACAACCGCCACAGCUGCUGGUCUGGCCACAUCACUUGUUCAGUCCACCACCGCGUCCACCACCACAAGUCCAGAAGCCACCACCUCCUUUGUGCAGUCCACAUCUGAGUCUAUGCCUUCAGUCUCUUCAGCUCGGCUCGAGACGUCCCCACAUGUCACAACCUCCACAAUCAUGUCAACCACAGGACAAAGCUCCGGCCCCAAGACGUCAGCCACAACUGCAAUCCAAUCCAGCCCUGCUGGAACAUCCCCUGGUGACUAUGUAGCCAUCCCAGUGACAAAGAUAGGAGCGGCGACCACCACUGGCUUUGCACAAACGAUGUCCUCUGCUCCUGGGACAAGAUCAACUUCUGCCACCACUUCUGCUGCUCCUCUGAGCUCUACUCUGGAGAUCACUUCCUCAACUUUCACCACAGCGACACCCACCAGCAGCACUGUUCUUGAGACGACCUCCGCAGCUGCUGGUCUGGCCACAUCACUUGUUCAGUCCACCGCAGCGUCCGCCACCACAAGGCUGGAAGGUACCACCUCUGCUGUGCAGCCCACAACGGAGCGUGAGUCUUCGACCUCAGUCCCUUCAGCUCGACCAGAAACGUCUCCACUUGUGACAUCCUCCACAAUCCUGUCGACGACAGCGGAUAGCUCCAGCCUAAAGACUUCAGUAACCUCUCCAGUGCAAUCAAGCCCUACUGGGACAUCCACUCCUGAGCAGGUCACCACUGAAUUGGGACAAACAACGGCAACCUCUGCGGUGGGUGCACAAACAUCCUCCGCUGCUGCUGGGACAAGCUCAACUUCUGCCACCGCCUCUUCUCUUCCUACGAGCUCUGCUCAGGAGAGCAGUUCACCAGCUCUCACCACAACUACAAGCACCACCACGCCCUUGCAGACAACCUCAACCGCUGCAGCUACGGCAACUUUAACCUCUGAGCCCAGCACGGUGCCCACCGCCUUGACAACAGAAUUCCCCACCUCGAGUGCACAGGCCACAUCGCCUCCCGAGUCUACGGCUGCAGCCUCUUCUACUAGAGCCGACACGUCUCCAUUGGAGCCAAGCUCCACAGUCCUCUCGACCGUGGAACAAACCUCCAAACCAAAGGCUUCAGCCACCACAGCCAUGCAAUCCAGCCCCACGGAGAGUCCCUUGAGUCAGCAGGCCACCACUGCAGCAACACAGGAAACAACGGCGAGCAGCACGGUCCUCACCCAAACAUCCACCUCUGUUCCUGGGACAGGACCAACUUCUGCCACCACUUCUGCUGCUCCUCUGAGCUCUACUCUGGAGAUCUCUUCCUCAACUUUCACCACAGCGACACCCACCAGCAGCACUGUUCUUGAGACAACCGCCACAGCUGCUGGUCUGGCCACAUCACUUGUUCAGUCCACCACCGCGUCCACCACCACAAGUCCAGAAGCCACCACCUCCUUUGUGCAGUCCACAUCUGAGUCUAUGCCUUCAGUCUCUUCAGCUCGGCUCGAGACGUCCCCACAUGUCACAACCUCCACAAUCAUGUCAACCACAGGACAAAGCUCCGGCCCCAAGACGUCAGCCACAACUGCAAUCCAAUCCAGCCCUGCUGGAACAUCCCCUGGUGACUAUGUAGCCAUCCCAGUGACAAAGAUAGGAGCGGCGACCACCACUGGCUUUGCACAAACGAUGUCCUCUGCUCCUGGGACAAGAUCAACUUCUGCCACCACUUCUGCUGCUCCUCUGAGCUCUACUCUGGAGAUCACUUCCUCAACUUUCACCACAGCGACACCCACCAGCAGCACUGUUCUUGAGACGACCUCCGCAGCUGCUGGUCUGGCCACAUCACUUGUUCAGUCCACCGCAGCGUCCGCCACCACAAGGCUGGAAGGUACCACCUCUGCUGUGCAGCCCACAACGGAGCGUGAGUCUUCGACCUCAGUCCCUUCAGCUCGACCAGAAACGUCUCCACUUGUGACAUCCUCCACAAUCCUGUCGACGACAGCGGAAAGCUCCAGCCUAAAGACUUCAGCAACCUCUCCAGUGCAAUCAAGCCCUACUGGGACAUCCACUCCUGAGCAGGUCACCACUGAAUUGGGACAGACAACGGCAACCUCUGCGGUGCGUGCACAAACAUCCUCCGCUGCUGCUGGGACAAGCUCAACUUCUGCCACCGCCUCUUCUCUUCCUACGAGCUCUGCUCAGGAGAGCAGUUCACCAGCUCUCACCACAACUACAAGCACCACCACGCCCUUGCAGACAACCUCAACCGCUGCAGCUACGGCAACUUUAACCUCUGAGCCCAGCACGGUGCCCACCGCCUUGACAACAGAAUUCCCCACCUCGAGUGCACAGGCCACAUCGCCUCCCGAGUCUACGGCUGCAGCCUCUUCCACUAGAGCCGACACGUCUCCAUUGGAGCCAAGCUCCACAGUCCUCUCGACCGUGGAACAAACCUCCAAACCAAAGGCUUCAGCCACCACAGCCAUGCAAUCCAGCCCCACGGAGAGUCCCUUGAGUCAGCAGGCCACCACUGCAGAAAGAGAGGCAACAACCGCGAGCAGCACGGUCCUCACCCAAACAUCCACCUCUGUUCCUGGGACAGGACCAACUUCUGCCACCACUUCUGCUGCUCCUCUGAGCUCUACUCUGGAGAUCUCUUCCUCAACUUUCACCACAGCGACACCCACCAGCAGCACUGUUCUUGCGACAACCUCCACAGCUGCUGGUCUGGCCACAUCACUUGUUCAGUCCACCACAGCGUCCACCACCACAAGUCCAGAAGCCACCACCUCCUUUGUGCAGUCCACAUCUGAGUCUAUGCCUUCAGUCUCUUCAGCUCGGCUCGAGACGUCCCCACAUGUCACAACCUCCACAAUCAUGUCAACCACAGGACAAAGCUCCGGCCCCAAGACGUCAGCCACAACUGCAAUCAUAUCCAGCCCUGCUGGAACAUUCCCUGGUGACUAUGUAGCCAUCCCAGUGACAAAGAUAGGAGCGGCGACCACCACUGGCUUUGCACAAACGAUGUCCUCUGCUCCUGGGACAAGAUCAACUUCUGCCACCACUUCUGCUGCUCCUCUGAGCUCCACUCUGGAGAUCACUUCCUCAACUUUCACCACAAUGACACCCACCAGCAGCACUGUUCUUGAGACGACCUCCGCAGCUGCUGGUCUGGCCACAUCACUUGUUCAGUCCACCGCAGCGUCCGCCACCACAAGGCUGGAAGGUACCACCUCUGCUGUGCAGCCCACAACGGAGCGCGAGUCUUCGACCUCAGUACCUUCAGCUCGACCAGAAACGUCUCCACUUGUGACAACCUCCACAAUCCUGUCGACGACAGCGGAAAGCUCCAGCCUAAAGACUUCAGCAACCUCUCCAGUGCAAUCAAGCCCUACUGGGACAUCCACUCCUGAGCAGGUCACCACUGAAUUGGGACAGACAACGGCAACCUCUGCGGUGGGUGCACAAACAUCCUCCGCUGCUGCUGGGACAAGCUCAACUUCUGCCACCGCCUCUUCUCUUCCUACGAGCUCUGCUCAGGAGAGCAGUUCACCAGCUCUCACCACAACUACAAGCACCACCACGCCCUUGCAGACAACCUCAACCGCUGCAGCUACGGCAACUUUAACCUCUGAGCCCAGCACGGUGCCCACCGCCUUGACAACAGAAUUCCCCACCUCGAGUGCACAGGCCACAUCGCCUCCCGAGUCUACGGCUGCAGCCUCUUCCACUAGAGCCGACACGUCUCCAUUGGAGCCAAGCUCCACAGUCCUCUCGACCGUGGAACAAACCUCCAAACCAAAGGCUUCAGCCACCACAGCCAUGCAAUCCAGCCCCACGGAGAGUCCCUUGAGUCAGCAGGCCACCACUGCAGAAAGAGAGGCAACAACCGCGAGCAGCACGGUCCUCACCCAAACAUCCACCUCUGCUCCUGGGACAGGACCAACUUCUGCCACCACUUCUGCUGCUCCUCUGAGCUCUACUCUGGAGAUCUCUUCCUCAACUUUCACCACAGCGACACCCACCAGCAGCACUGUUCUUGAGACAACCUCCACAGCUGCUGGUCUGGCCACAUCACUUGUUCAGUCCACCACCGCGUCCACCACCACAAGUCCAGAAGCCACCACCUCCUUUGUGCAGUCCACAUCUGAGUCUAUGCCUUCAGUCUCUUCAGCUCGGCUCGAGACGUCCCCACAUGUCACAACCUCCACAAUCAUGUCAACCACAGGACAAAGCUCCGGCCCCAAGACGUCAGCCACAACUGCAAUCCAAUCCAGCCCUGCUGGAACAUCCCCUGGUGACUAUGUAGCCAUCCCAGUGACAAAGAUAGGAGCGGCGACCACCACUGGCUUUGCACAAACGAUGUCCUCUGCUCCUGGGACAAGAUCAACUUCUGCCACCACUUCUGCUGCUCCUCUGAGCUCUACUCUGGAGAUCACUUCCUCAACUUUCACCACAGCGACACCCACCAGCAGCACUGUUCUUGAGACGACCUCCGCAGCUGCUGGUCUGGCCACAUCACUUGUUCAGUCCACCGCAGCGUCCGCCACCACAAGGCUGGAAGGUACCACCUCUGCUGUGCAGCCCACAACGGAGCGCGAGUCUUCGACCUCAGUCCCUUCAGCUCGACCAGAAACGUCUCCACUUGUGACAUCCUCCACAAUCCUGUCGACGACAGCGGAAAGCUCCAGCCUAAAGACUUCAGCAACCUCUCCAGUGCAAUCAAGCCCUACUGGGACAUCCACUCCUGAGCAGGUCACCACUGAAUUGGGACAGACAACGGCAACCUCUGCGGUGCAUGCACAAACAUCCUCCGCUGCUGCUGGGACAAGCUCAACUUCUGCCACCGCCUCUUCUCUUCCUACGAGCUCUGCUCAGGAGAGCAGUUCACCAGCUCUCACCACAACUACAAGCACCACCACGCCCUUGCAGACAACCUCAACCGCUGCAGCUACGGCAACUUUAACCUCUGAGCCCAGCACGGUGCCCACCGCCUUGACAACAGAAUUCCCCACCUCGAGUGCACAGGCCACAUCGCCUCCCGAGUCUACGGCUGCAGCCUCUUCCACUAGAGCCGACACGUCUCCAUUGGAGCCAAGCUCCACAGUCCUCUCGACCGUGGAACAAACCUCCAAACCAAAGGCUUCAGCCACCACAGCCAUGCAAUCCAGCCCCACGGAGAGUCCCUUGAGUCAGCAGGCCACCACUGCAGAAAGAGAGGCAACAACGGCGAGCAGCACGGUCCUCACCCAAACAUCCACCUCUGUUCCUGGGACAGGACCAACUUCUGCCACCACUUCUGCUGCUCCUCUGAGCUCUACUCUGGAGAUCUCUUCCUCAACUUUCACCACAGCGACACCCACCAGCAGCACUGUUCUUGCGACAACCUCCACAGCUGCUGGUCUGGCCACAUCACUUGUUCAGUCCACCACAGCGUCCACCACCACAAGUCCAGAAGCCACCACCUCCUUUGUGCAGUCCACAUCUGAGUCUAUGCCUUCAGUCUCUUCAGCUCGGCUCGAGACGUCCCCACAUGUCACAACCUCCACAAUCAUGUCAACCACAGGACAAAGCUCCGGCCCCAAGACGUCAGCCACAACUGCAAUCCAAUCCAGCCCUGCUGGAACAUCCCCUGGUGACUAUGUAGCCAUCCCAGUGACAAAGAUAGGAGCGGCGACCACCACUGGCUUUGCACAAACGAUGUCUUCUGCUCCUGGGACAAGAUCAACUUCUGCCACCACUUCUGCUGCUCCUCUGAGCUCCACUCUGGAGAUCACUUCCUCAACUUUCACCACAAUGACACCCACCAGCAGCACUGUUCUUGAGGCGACCUCCACAGCUGCUGGUCUGGCCACAUCACUUGUUCAGUCCACCGCAGCGUCCGCCACCACAAGGCUGGAAGGUACCACCUCUGCUGUGCAGCCCACAACGGAGCGCGAGUCUUCGACCUCAGUCCCUUCAGCUCGACCAGAAACGUCUCCACUUGUGACAACCUCCCCAAUCCUGUCGACGACAGCGGAAAGCUCCAGCCUAAAGACUUCAGCAACCUCUCCAGUGCAAUCAAGCCCUACUGGGACAUCCACUCCUGAGCAGGUCACCACUGAAUUGGGACAGACAACGGCAACCUCUGCGGUGGGUGCACAAACAUCCUCCGCUGCUGCUGGGACAAGCUCAACUUCUGCCACCGCCUCUUCUCUUCCUACGAGCUCUGCUCAGGAGAGCAGUUCACCAGCUCUCACCACAACUACAAGCACCACCACGCCCUUGCAGACAACCUCAACCGCUGCAGCUACGGCAACUUUAACCUCUGAGCCCAGCACGGUGCCCACCGCCUUGACAACAGAAUUCCGCACCUCGAGUGCACAGGCCACAUCGCCUCCCGAGUCUACGGCUGCAGCCUCUUCCACUAGAGCCGACACGUCUCCAUUGGAGCCAAGCUCCACAGUCCUCUCGACCGUGGAACAAACCUCCAAACCAAAGGCUUCAGCCACCACAGCCAUGCAAUCCAGCCCCACGGAGAGUCCCUUGAGUCAGCAGGCCACCACUGCAGAAAGAGAGGCAACAACGGCGAGCAGCACGGUCCUCACCCAAACAUCCACCUCUGUUCCUGGGACAGGACCAACUUCUGCCACCACUGCUGCUCCUCUGAGCUCUACUCUGGAGAUCUCUUCCUCAACUUUCACCACAGCGACACCCACCAGCAGCACUGUUCUUGAGACAACCUCCACAGCUGCUGGUCUGGCCACAUCACUUGUUCAGUCCACCACAGCGUCCACCACCACAAGUCCAGAAGCCACCACCUCCUUUGUGCAGUCCACAUCUGAGUCUAUGCCUUCAGUCUCUUCAGCUCGGCUCGAGACAUCCCCACAUGUCACAACCUCCACAAUCAUGUCAACCACAGGACAAAGCUCCGGCCCCAAGACGUCAGCCACAACUGCAAUCCAAUCCAGCCCUGCUGGAACAUCCCCUGGUGACUAUGUAGCCAUCCCAGUGAUAAAGAUAGGAGCGGCGACCACCACUGGCUUUGCACAAACGAUGUCCUCUGCUCCUGGGACAAGAUCAACUUCUGCCACCACUUCUGCUGCUCCUCUGAGCUCCACUCUGGAGAUCACUUCCUCAACUUUCACCACAAUGACACCCACCAGCAGCACUGUUCUUGAGGCGACCUCCACAGCUGCUGGUCUGGCCACAUCACUUUUUCAGUCCACCACAGCAUCCACCACCACAAGCCUUGGAGUUUCCUCUUCUGGUGUACAGAGCACAGCUGUGCCCGUGUUUACCGCUUCUGUUUCUUCAGUUCAUCCCAUGACAUCUCCACUUGUGACAAGCUCUAAGGUCGUUUUUUCUUCAGCAGAAAGUUUGAGGACAUCCCCUGUCGAGACGACUUCCCAUCUAGUUUUUUCUACCUUUGGUCCAUUUACUUCGCAGACCUCUCGAUCUCCUUUUCUUGCUGUCAGCGGCACACUGCCUUCAGAAACGACCACAAAGCCUCGUAUUAGUCUUGGUGUCACACCGACUCCCACCCAUCCACCAACAACAGCUGCCACCCUCGAGCGUUUCACUGUCAACUUCACCAUCACCAACCUGCCCUACACUUCUGACCUGGAGAAUCCUGACUCGGCCAAGUUCAGAGCUACAAGAAGGGUUAUGAACACUCUGCUCGACCGCCUGCUGAAGGACAGCAGCAUUGGCCCUGCUUUCCAAGGAUGUGAAGCAACAGACUUCAGGCCGGGCAGUGACAGGGACCAGACCCGGGUGGACGCCGUGUGCACCUACAGCAAGGAGCCCUGGGCUGCACCUUUGGACAGGGUGGGGCUGUACCACCAAGUGAGCAACAAGACCAGAGGCAUCACCCAGCUGGGCCCCUACAGCCUGGACAAGGACAGCCUCUACGUCAACGGAUACAACGAGCAGCCAGUGCUGACCACUCCCACCCACCCACCAACAACAACGACAGCUGCCCUUGAGCAUUUCACCGUCAACUUCACCAUCACCAACCUGCCCUACACUUCUGACCUGGAGAAUCCUGACUCGGCCAAGUUCAGAGCUACACAAAGGGUUAUAAACAGCCUGCUGGACCGCCUGCUGAAGGACAGCAGCAUUGGCCCUGUUUUCCAAGGAUGUGAAACAACAGGCUUCAGGCCGGGCAGUGACAGGGACCAGACCCGGGUGGACGCCGUGUGCACCUACAGCAAGGAGCCCUGGGCUGCACCUUUGGACAGGGUGGGGCUGUACCACCAAGUGAGCAACAAGACCAGAGGCAUCACCCAGCUGGGCCCCUACAGCCUGGACAAGGACAGCCUCUACGUCAACGGAUACAACGAGCAGCCAGUGCUGACCACUCCCACUCAGGCGCCAACAACGACAGCUGCUUCCCUUGAGCGUUUCACUGUCAACUUCACCAUCACCAACCUGCCCUACACUUCUGACCUGGAGAAUCCUGACUCAGCCAAGUUCAAAGCUUCUCGGAGAGUUAUGAACACUCUGCUCGACCACCUGCUGAAGGACAGCAGCAUUGGCCCUGCUUUCCAAGGAUGUGAAGCAACAGACUUCAGGCCGGGCAGUGACAGGGACCAGACCCGGGUGGACGCCGUGUGCACCUACAGCAAGGAGCCCUGGGCUGCACCUUUGGACAGGGUGGGGCUGUACCACCAAGUGAGCAACAAGACCAGAGGCAUCACCCAGCUGGGCCCCUACAGCCUGGACAAGGACAGCCUCUACGUCAACGGAUACAACGAGCAGUCAGUGCUGACCACUCCCACCCACCCACCAACAACGACAGCUGCCCUUGAGCAUUUCACCGUCAACUUCACCAUCACCAACCUGCCCUACACUUCUGACCUGGAGAAUCCUGACUCGGCCAAGUUCAGAGCUACAAGAAGGGUUAUGAACAGCCUGCUGGACCGCCUGCUGAAGGACAGCAGCAUUGGCCCUGUUUUCCAAGGAUGUGAAACAACAGGCUUCAGGCCGGGCAGUGACAGGGACCAGACCCGGGUGGACGCCGUGUGCACCUACAGCAAGGAGCCCUGGGCUGCACCUUUGGACAGGGUGGGGCUGUACCACCAAGUGAGCAACAAGACCAGAGGCAUCACCCAGCUGGGCCCCUACAGCCUGGACAAGGACAGCCUCUACGUCAACGGAUACAACGAGCAGCCAGUGCUGACCACUCCCACUCAGGCGCCAACAACGACAGCUGCUUCCCUUGAGCGUUUCACUGUCAACUUCACCAUCACCAACCUGCCCUACACUUCUGACCUGGAGAAUCCUGACUCGGCCAAGUUCAGAGCUACAAGAAGGGUUAUGAACACCCUGCUCGACCGCCUGCUGAAGGACAGCAGCAUUGGCCCUGCUUUCCAAGGAUGUGAAGCAACAGACUUCAGGCCGGGCAGUGACAGGGACCAGACCCGGGUGGACGCCGUGUGCACCUACAGCAAGGAGCCCUGGGCUGCACCUUUGGACAGGGUGGGGCUGUACCACCAAGUGAGCAACAAGACCAGAGGCAUCACCCAGCUGGGCCCCUACAGCCUGGACAAGGACAGCCUCUACGUCAACGGAUACAACGAGCAGCCAGUGCUGACCACUCCCACUCAGGCGCCAACAACGACAGCUGCUUCCCUUGAGCGUUUCACUGUCAACUUCACCAUCACCAACCUGCCCUACACUUCUGACCUGGAGAAUCCUGACUCAGCCAAGUUCAAAGCUUCUCGGAGAGUUAUGAACACUCUGCUCGACCACCUGCUGAAGGACAGCAGCAUUGGCCCUGCUUUCCAAGGAUGUGAAGCAACAGACUUCAGGCCGGGCAGUGACAGGGACCAGACCCGGGUGGACGCCGUGUGCACCUACAGCAAGGAGCCCUGGGCUGCGCCUUUGGACAGGGUGGGGCUGUACCACCAAGUGAGCAACAAGACCAGAGGCAUCACCCAGCUGGGCCCCUACAGCCUGGACAAGGACAGCCUCUACGUCAACGGAUACAACGAGCAGCCAGUGCUGACCACUACCACCCAACCACCACCACCAACGACAGCUGCUUCCCUCGAGCGUUUCACUGUCAACUUCACCAUCACCAACCUGCCCUACACUUCUGACCUGGAGAAUCCUGACUCGGCCAAGUUCAGAGCUACACAAAGGGUUAUGAACAGCCUGCUGGACCGCCUGCUGAAGGACAGCAGCAUUGGCCCUGUUUUCCAAGGAUGUGAAACAACAAGCUUCAGGCCGGGCAGUGACAGGGACCAGACCCGGGUGGACGCCGUGUGCACCUACAGCAAGGAGCCCUGGGCUGCACCUUUGGACAGGGUGGGGCUGUACCACCAAGUGAGCAACAAGACCAGAGGCAUCACCCAGCUGGGCCCCUACAGCCUGGACAAGGACAGCCUCUACGUCAACGGAUACAACGAGCCACCAGUGCUGAUCUCUACCACCCAACCGCCACCACCAACGACAGCUGCUGCCCUUGAGCGUUUCACCGUCAACUUCACCAUCACCAACCUGCCCUACAUUUCUGACCUGGAGAAUCCUGGCUCGGCCAAGUUCAGAGCUACAAGAAGGGUUAUGAACAUGCUGCUGGACCGCCUGCUGAAGGACAGCAGCAUUGGCCCUGUUUUCCAAGGUUGUGAAACAACAGACUUCAGGCCGGGCAGUGACAGGGACCAGACCCGGGUGGACGCCGUGUGCACCUACAGCAAGGAGCCCUGGGCUGCACCUUUGGACAGGGUGGGGCUGUACCACCAAGUGAGCAACAAGACCAGAGGCAUCACCCAGCUGGGCCCCUACAGCCUGGACAAGGACAGCCUCUACGUCAACGGAUACAACGAGCCACCAGUGCUGAUCUCUCCCACACAUUCACCAACAACAACAGCUGCUGCCCUUGAACAUUUCACUGUCAACUUCACCAUCACCAACCUGCCCUACACUUCUGACCUGAAGAACCCUGACUCGGCCAAAUUCAGGGCUACUCAAAGGUCUAUGAACAACCAGCUUGACCGCCUGCUGAAGGACAGCAGCAUUGGCCCUGUUUUCCAAGGAUGUGAAACAACAGACUUCAGGCCGGGCAGUGACAGGGACCAGACCCGGGUGGACGCCGUGUGCACCUACAGCAAGGAGCCCUGGGCUGCACCUUUGGACAGGGUGGGGCUGUACCACCAAGUGAGCAACAAGACCAGAGGCAUCACCCAGCUGGGCCCCUACAGCCUGGACAAGGACAGCCUCUACGUCAACGGAUACAACGAGCAGCUAGAGCUGACCACCACCACCCAACCGCCACCACCAACGACAGCUGCUGCCCUUGAGCGUUUCACCGUCAACUUCACCAUCACCAACCUGCCCUACAUUUCUGACCUGGAGAAUCCUGGCUCGGCCCGGUUCAGAGCUACACAAAGGGUUAUGAACAUGCUGCUGGACCGCCUGCUGAAGGACAGCAGCAUUGGCCCUGUUUUCCAAGGAUGUGAAACAACAGGCUUCAGGCCGGGCAGUGACAGGGACCAGACCCGGGUGGACGCCGUGUGCACCUACAGCAAGGAGCCCUGGGCUGCACCUUUGGACAGGGUGGGGCUGUACCACCAAGUGAGCAACAAGACCAGAGGCAUCACCCAGCUGGGCCCCUACAGCCUGGACAAGGACAGCCUCUACGUCAACGGAUACAACGAGCCACCAGUGCUGAUCUCUCCCACCCACCCACCAACAACGACAGCUGCCGCCCUCGAGCCUUUCACCGUCAACUUCACCAUCACCAACCUGCCCUACACUUCUGACCUGGAGAAUCCUGACUCGGCCAGGUUCAGAGCUACACGAAGGGUUAUGAACAUGCUGCUGGACCGCCUGCUGAAGGACAGCAGCAUUGGCCCUGUUUUCCAAGGAUGUGAAACAACAGACUUCAGGCCGGGCAGUGACAGGGACCAGACCCGGGUGGACGCCGUGUGCACCUACAGCAAGGAGCCCUGGGCUGCACCUUUGGACAGGGUGGGGCUGUACCACCAAGUGAGCAACAAGACCAGAGGCAUCACCCAGCUGGGCCCCUACAGCCUGGACAAGGACAGCCUCUACGUCAAUGGAUACAACGAGCAGCCAGUGCUGACCACUCCAUCCCAUGCAACAACCACAGCUGCAGGUCUUGAGCAUUUCACCAUCAACUUCACCAUCACCAACCUGCCCUACACUUCUGACCUGGAGAAUCCUGACUCAGCCAAGUUCAGAGCUUCUCGGAGGGUUAUGAACACCCUGCUUGACCGGCUGCUAAAGAAAAGCAGCAUUGGCCCUGCUUUCCAAGGAUGUGAAGCAACAGACUUCAGGCCGGGCAGUGACAGGGACCAGACCCGGGUGGACGCCGUGUGCACCUACAGCAAGGAGCCCUGGGCUGCACCUUUGGACAGGGUGGGGCUGUACCACCAAGUGAGCAACAAGACCAGAGGCAUCACCCAGCUGGGCCCCUACAGCCUGGACAAGGACAGCCUCUACGUCAACGGGUACAAUGAGCCACCAGUGCUGAUCUCUCCCACCCACCCACCAACAACGACAGCUGCUGCCCUCGAGCCUUUCACCGUCAACUUCACCAUCACCAACCUGCCCUACACUUCUGACCUGGAGAAUCCUGACUCGGCCAAGUUCAGAGCUACACGAAGGGUUAUGAACAUGCUGCUGGACCGCCUGCUGAAGGACAGCAGCAUUGGCCCUGUUUUCCAAGGAUGUGGGACAACAGACUUCAGGCCGGGCAGUGACAGGGACCAGACCCGGGUGGACGCCGUGUGCACCUACAGCAAGGAGCCCUGGGCUGCACCUUUGGACAGGGUGGGGCUGUACCACCAAGUGAGCAACAAGACCAGAGGCAUCACCCAGCUGGGCCCCUACAGCCUGGACAAGGACAGCCUCUACGUCAACGGAUACAACGAGCAGCCAGUGCUGACCACUCCAUCCCAUGCAACAACCACAGCUGCAGGUCUUGAGCAUUUCACCAUCAACUUCACCAUCACCAACCUGCCCUACACUUCUGACCUGGAGAAUCCUGACUCAGCCAAGUUCAGAGCUUCUCGGAGGGUUAUGAACACCCUGCUUGACCGGCUGCUAAAGAAAAGCAGCAUUGGCCCUGCUUUCCAAGGAUGUGAAGCAACAGACUUCAGGCCGGGCAGUGACAGGGACCAGACCCGGGUGGACGCCGUGUGCACCUACAGCAAGGAGCCCUGGGCUGCACCUUUGGACAGGGUGGGGCUGUACCACCAAGUGAGCAACAAGACCAGAGGCAUCACCCAGCUGGGCCCCUACAGCCUGGACAAGGACAGCCUCUACGUCAACGGAUACAACGAGCAGCCAGAGCUGACCACUCCCACCCACCCACCAACAACGACAGCUGCCGCCCUCGAGCCUUUCACCGUCAACUUCACCAUCACCAACCUGCCCUUCACUUCUGACCUGGAGAAUCCUGACUCGGCCAGGUUCAGAGCUACACGAAGGGUUAUGAACAUGCUGCUGGACCGCCUGCUGAAGGACAGCAGCAUUGGCCCUGUUUUCCAAGGAUGUGGGACAACAGACUUCAGGCCGGGCAGUGACAGGGACCAGACCCGGGUGGACGCCGUGUGCACCUACAGCAAGGAGCCCUGGGCUGCACCUUUGGACAGGGUGGGGCUGUACCACCAAGUGAGCAACAAGACCAGAGGCAUCACCCAGCUGGGCCCCUACAGCCUGGACAAGGACAGCCUCUACGUCAACGGAUACAACGAGCCACCAGUGCUGAUCUCUCCAUCCCAUGCAACCACCACAGCUGCAGGUCUUGAGUAUUUCACCAUCAACUUCACCAUCACCAACCUGCCCUACACUUCUGACCUGGAGAAUCCUGACUCAGCCAAGUUCAGAGCUUCUCGGAGGGUUAUGAACACCCUGCUUGACCGGCUGCUAAAGAAAAGCAGCAUUGGCCCUGUUUUCCAAGGAUGUGAAGCAACAGACUUCAGGCCGGGCAGUGACAGGGACCAGACCCGGGUGGACGCCGUGUGCACCUACAGCAAGGAGCCCUGGGCUGCACCUUUGGACAGGGUGGGGCUGUACCACCAAGUGAGCAACAAGACCAGAGGCAUCACCCAGCUGGGCCCCUACAGCCUGGACAAGGACAGCCUCUACGUCAACGGGUACAACGAGCCACCACUGCUGAUCUCUCCCACCCACCCACCAACAACGACAGCUGCCGCCCUCGAGCCUUUCACCGUCAACUUCACCAUCACCAACCUGCCCUACACUUCUGACCUGGAGAAUCCUGACUCGGCCAAGUUCAGAGCUACACGAAGGGUUAUGAACAUGCUGCUUGACCGCCUGCUGAAGGACAGCAGCAUUGGCCCUGUUUUCCAAGGAUGUGGGACAACAGACUUCAGGCCGGGCAGUGACAGGGACCAGACCCGGGUGGACGCCGUGUGCACCUACAGCAAGGAGCCCUGGGCUGCGCCUUUGGACAGGGUGGGGCUGUACCACCAAGUGAGCAACAAGACCAGAGGCAUCACCCAGCUGGGCCCCUACAGCCUGGACAAGGACAGCCUCUACGUCAAUGGUCAUCAUGAAGUGCAACCUGAACUAUCUGCUGAUCAAAGCACACAACCUCUGGCACCAGCAGUAAAGAACUUCACCCUGAACUUCACAAUAACCAACCUCCAGUUCACUGCAGACCUGCAGAAACCCAGUUCCAGGAGAUUCAAGUCAACAGAAAAAGUCAUGUACCACUAUGUUGAUUCUUUACUCCAAAGGAGCAGCAUUGGCCCAGCUUACAUCGGCUGCAAAGUAAUGGCAUUCAGGUCCACAAAGAACAGGGAUGACACAGGAGUAGAUGCCAUGUGCAGCCGUAGGGAUGAGCCUUCAGAUCCCAAAUUCAACAGCACAACUGUUUACCAUGAGCUGAGCAAAAUGACCAAUGGCAUCACCAAGAUGGGACACUACAGCCUCAACAGCCAGAGCCUCUAUGUCAAUGGUUAUAAUGAACCUCCUUACAGUCCAUCUUCAGUAAAAUCAACCACCACACAAAGCCCAGGAGCAAUCACAGAGCACUUCACCCUGAACUUCACCAUAACCAACCUCAUGUUCACCACAGACCUGCAGACACCAAAUUCCCGCAAAUUCCGGUCCGCUGAGAAAAUCAUGAAACACUAUACUGACUCCCUGCUUCAGAAGAGCAGCAUUGGUCCCCAUUUCACUGGCUGCAAAGUGACGGGAUUCAGGCCUGGGAAGAACAGGGAUAGCACAGGAGUGGACACCCUCUGCAGCUACAGAAAGGGCUCUCAGGUGCCCAAGUUUAACCCAGCUGAGGUUUACCAAGAGCUGAAGAGAAUGACAAGUGGCAUCACCAAGCUGGGAGUCUACAGCCUGGACAACAAGAGCCUCUAUGUCAAUGGUUACAACGAACCCCUUGAGAGAUCCCCCCGGAGCCCCACAGCUGCACCAAAACCAACAUCCAGGAAUUUCACUCUGAACUUCACCUUGACCAACCUCCGCUACACUGCAGAUCUGGAAGCCCCAAAUUCCCGCAGGUUCCUUUCCACAGUGAAAGUGAUGAACCACUAUCUUGACUCUCUUUUCAAGAGGAGCAGCAUAAGCUCUGCCUACACAGGAUGUAAAGCCAUGAGAUUCAGGUCUGGAAGGCACAGGGAUGACACUAAAGUGGACGCCGUGUGCAGCUACAAGGACAAUGCCAGCCUGGCCAGGUUUGACAGAGAAAAGCUUUACCAGGAGCUGAGCACCAUGACAGACAGUGUCACCACACUGGGCCCCUACAGCCUGGACAGGAGCAGCCUGUAUGUUGAUGGUUUCACCCUCACAGAGACAGCUGCCACCAAAAAGCCUCUCUUGGCUCCAGUCAAACUUGGCUACAGACUGAGCUUUAGAAUAGUCAAUGAAAACCUCACCAACCCUGACUCCCAGUCUCCAGAAUACAGAGCAGCAGUAGAAAGCAUCACCAACAAGAUGAAUCACUUGUACCACCAGAGUGACCUGCGGGAGCAGUUCCUGACCUGCAGGAUCACCGGGCUGAGGCCUGGAUCCAUAGUGGUCGACUGCCAGUGCUUCUUCCAGGCUGACCCCAAAAUCAGCAGGGCUGUGGUGGAAAGGACUUUCCAGGACAGGACCUCCAACACCACGGGGCUGUGGCUGGGGAGCAGCUACCGACUGCAGGAAUUCUCAGUGGACACCUUGGAACUCUCAGUUGAGGCAGCAACUCAAAAGACACCCCUGGAGUCUGGCAAAGAAAAAUUCGGAUUAAAUUUCCAAAUCACCAACCUUCCCUACUCGCCUGAGCUGCAGGACUCCAGCUCCCAGAUGUACCAAGAGACCAAAGAGAAGAUUGAGAAAGAGCUCGAGGUAUUCAGGAGCAGCCACCUGAAGGACCAAUUUGUUGGCUGCACUGUGGAGAGCUUUGGGCCUGUCCAUGGCAAAGGACACACAGAGGUUGCCUCAACCUGCAAGUUCACUCUGGAUCCCCUCUCAGGGACUUUACAAGAGCAGGAGGUGUUUGAGGAGCUGAAACUCCUGACCCAGGGCUUCACCAGGCUGGGCCCCAGCUAUGAGCUGGAGGAGCAGAGUCUGGUGGUGGAAGGUUACUCUCCACUCAAGACAGAAGAACCAGAGUCCAAAAGAUCUGAGCUUCAGUUCUGGGCCAUCAUCCUCAUCUGCCUUUUCACCCUGCUGGGCUUCAUCCUCCUCCUCUUGCUGUGCUUCCUGGUCCUCUCCUGCCUGAGGAGGAAGUCCCACCUGUACCAGGUGCAGCAAGGCCUCUAUGGGUUGUACUUCCCCCACCCCAGCACAGGGAAGGUUCACUGACACCUCAGCUUGGUCUUCCCAGACCUUUUCGUCCACUGAUGAAGGAAAAAUAGUUAUAAACCUAGAAAAUGUUUCUUUUAUAAAUUAUUUCAACAUUUUCUCUCGCCUUGAGACAAAUCUUUGCACUAUUGUCAUGAUUCUUUUCAUACUCGAGGAAACUGCCAACAGUGCAGGUGCUGAGGAAAAUAUAUUUUUUUAAGCACUGCAGUGUUUUAUAGAAAUGUAAAUUUUAUAUAAAUAGUACACUACCAAAUGAAAAUAAAAACUACCAGGAGCUGCAGUUUGCAAAGCCCUUCAGUGUUAACGUCAGUUUUCUGAAAAAAAUUAUACUAAUUUAGAGAUUUUUGGGGACUGACUGCUGUAGACUUAGAAAUCCCACCUAGAUUUUAGCUUUUUCACCACUGAGCUUGAAAAUGUAAAUACUUUAAAUUAAUUGAAAUAUUUAAUCUAUUUAUAAUGAUGACAUUUUGAUGUAAAGAGACCUUGUUAAAUCUGAGUGUGACACAGCCAGGCUGUGUUUUUUGAGAUUCCUGCUGAUUUCAGUUCAAUAAAUGCCAUGUUCUACUGCCAUGAA